UGGCAAAAAACAGGCUUCAGUUUUACUAAACUUCGUAAGUUAAGAUUUGAUCGUAACCGUAAGUUACGAUAAAUUUCUGUCUUACUAAACUUCUUAUCUUAAAUUACGUUAAAAAUCUUAUCGUAACUCUACGACAGCCUAUGGGCUAUCCUAAGUUACGAUUUUUUCGUAAGUCUAAAUAAAAAUGGCCGCCCUUAUGAUAUUUCGAGACAUUUUGGGAGAAGAAGAAGACAAAUCCCCCCGUCGUCCCAGGAUUUUUAGGGACAGGAGUGAAGUGCUUGACACUCUGAGAGAUGUUGAACUUAUUGAGCGCUACAGGUUCCCGAGGCAUGUCAUUCUGUACCUGACAGAAGAAGUAAAAGACCUCCUCCAACCUAAAACCUUUAGAUCUCACUCUAUUCCUGCGCAUAUCCAGGUGUUAACGUGUCUUCGAUUUUUAGCCAAAGGUGAUUAUCUGUCAGAAAUAGCUGAUAUUCAUGGAAUAUCAAAGUCGUCAGGUUGCCUUAUUGUACAUCGUGUAAUUGAUGCCAUUUGCACCACACUACAGAACAUAAAGUUUCCCUCUGCUACUGAAGAUGUAAAGAAAAUCAAGAUGGACUUCUACAAAAUUGCUCAUUUUCCCAAUGUAGUUGGUGCCAUUGACGGGACCCAGAUUCCCAUCCAAGGGAUGUCUUCAGACGAUGAGCCCCUAUACAUUUGUAGGAAAGGGUUUCACUCUAUAAAUGUACAGGCUGUGGUGAACCCAGAUUUACGAUUUACAAAUGCUGUGUGCAAAUUUCCAGGUUCAUCCCAUGAUUCCUACAUCUUGAACAGCAGUUCUUUGCCACAAUGCCUGUCAAAUCUGACUGAUGGAGGAUGGCUAUUGGGGGAUUCCGGUUACCCCUUAAAGGAGUGGUUGAUGACUCCAAUCAACAACCCCAGAACUGCCCAAGAAGAGCGAUACAAUUUAGCUCACUGCAGGACAAGGAAUGUAAUUGAAAGGGCCUUCGGGGUCCUAAAAGCCCGUUUCAGGUGCUUACACAAAACUGGAGGCAGUCUACCCUACAAGCCAGACAAGUGUACCAAGAUCAUCGAAUGUGCCAUGCGUCUGCAUAAUUUGGCUAUUGAGCAGAGGGUGCCACUCAUGGAGGCUGUGGAGCCAGAGAUUGGCAUUGAGCAAUACUGUGCACCACCAGUCAACAACAUACCUGCCACAGCUAUACGAGAAAGACUUAUUCAAAGGUUCUAAAUUUGUGUCUACUGUGGACAUGAAAGUCAUUAAGGAA